AUGUCCGCCCGUCCGGCAACCCCACCAGCGGGGGGCCACUCUCGGUCAUCCUCAUCUGGCAGCAUCCAUGCAAGCGGCAGCUCCACCCCACUGCCCAGGCGGCCUGCGCCGACUGCCCCAUACAACCCCGCGCCGGACACGUCCACCUACCGCGACCUCUUGCUGUUUGAGGAGCGCCUCAAGAUGAACGCAGAGAUGCUCAGGAGGAGACGGAGGAGAUACAGUGGAAGGAUACCCGGCACCGAAGGUGCGAGCCAUGGUGUGGCCAUGUCUCUUGUCCCCGCCGCCGAUGCCGAUGCCGCCGCCAAAGUGUGGCUGAUUGUGCUGACGCGUCCAGUGUUUCUGUACUCGUUCAUUGUUGCACUCGUCGUCAUGGCGUACCGCUUGGUGGUCAUGCCGCCAGAGAACCUGGUCCUGUUGCGCGGCCUGCAGGCGGCCGUUGCAGUUGUCUUCAUCACGUUGGCCCUCUUCUUCGCUUCGGGAAUGCACGAGGAGAAGAUUCGCUACGCUCACGCCUACGUCAACCACUCGAACAAGGCUCUCCGUCCCCUGAACAUGUACUUCAACGUCCGCCGCCCACGCUCCUCGUUGUUGUCCUACCUGCCCCUCCCGUCGGCCCUCAAGCCCGCCCCGGCGCCGCUCAAGGCCCAAGUGGUCCCCGGCAAGCGGCCUGGCACCACACCGCGCCGGGUGAGCACCAGUUCCUCGGCCUCUGCCCACGCCGGGUCGCACACUGUCAUGGCCCAGAUCCCCCCGUCGACCAACCCGCGCGGCGAGCUCAUCUUCUCUUCCCGUGUCGACCAUCACUUUGAGGAUGGGUACAAGCGCUACCGGGCUGCGUUUGAGCGGCGGCGCGAAGAGCGGGCCCGGGAAGAGGCGCGCGCACGUAGGCCGUGGUGGCUGCCAUCGUGGGGCAGACGCGCAUCUACCCCACCGCCGCCGCAGAGGGUUGAGCGGCUGGGAUCGGCGUCGUCCGCCGCCGCCUCUCCCGCGUUGAGUCGCAGGAGCACGCCCGAGCCUGGGAGCAGAGGUAUACCUUCUCCGCCGGCGUCGCCGAGAACCAGCAGCAUGCGCGGCGCGAGGACACCGUCGCCCGGUGCGCCGACUCCGGAGUCACGGGCACGCGCCGAGAGCUACAGUUUCGUGUACACCGGGCCUGGAGAGGCGGUGAGUGCCCGCGCGGGCAAGUAG